UAUUGUUUUACAGGAAAUGGGUUAAUAAACGAGGCUGAAUUCCUGCAAUGGGUCGGACGCAUACAAGCCAUACGUGACGAGCAGCAACAGCAACAACAACAACAACAGCAGCAAACGCAACAGGAAGAAAAUGCAAGCAAACCAGAGGAAAACGAUGAUGUCACUGAGGAUUUAAUAGCCGCGUUUAGGGUAUUUGAUCGUGAUGGCAACGGUUUCAUUACACGUGAUGAGCUGCAAACUGCUAUGGAAAUGAUUGGUGAACCGCUCACAGAAACUCAACUCACACAAUUAUUAGCUAUUGCUGAUUUGGAUCAGGAUGGCAGAAUUAACUAUGAAGAAUUUACGAGACUUCUGCUGUAAGCUGUAAGGACACCGAGCCCACACAAACAAUGUCAUUUAACAAAUCAAAAUAAUAUUAAAUCGUUACAAACAUUUUGUAAUUAAAUAUAAUUAUAUACAUAAAUACAAUUAUAUAUUCAAUAACAUACUCAAGUUAAUACAAAUAUUGUUUAUAUAAAUGAGAAGGUAGAAAGGACGAAUCUGUUUUCCUUAAAUUACAACAACCACCUAAUAAAAUAACAAUAAAAUCAAAAAAUAUUUUUAUAAAAUUUAUAGAAAAAAGUACAGAGAACCGUCAUGCAGGAAGAAAGAAAAGAUUAUUUUAGUUAU